UCCAGCUGUUUUAAGAAACGAUUUUCAACUACUGCAUCCUCCCUCUCCAGAAAACUGGUCGUAUAAUUUCAGGCUCUGGGCUGCAUUUUCCAUUUGAAGGGAUGAAGUACAUGAAGCCCGCGAACUUGUUUCAAGAACUGACAAAGACAAACUCACGGAACAGAAGCCGGUUACUUGGUUUAGAUGUCGGUGAUAAAUAUGUGGGUUUAGCUGUUUCUGAUGUAAAUAACAAAAUCGCAUCACCUCUCAGUGUUCUGCUACGGAAGAAAAGUAACAUUGACUUGAUGGCCAGUGAUUUUGAACUUCUGAUCUCUCAACUUUCCCUGACAGGCUUUGUAAUUGGCUAUCCUUUUGAUAGACAACAGAGGAACAGCGCAGAUGCUGUGCAAGUGAAGCUUUUCAUUGAUGAUCUUUGUAAAACAGGGAAACUUGAAGGUGUAAGGUAUACUUUCUGGGAUGAGUGUUUUACUUCAAAGAAUGUGGAAUUUCUGUUGAAGCCACUGAAUUUGCACCCUGUUCAUUAUAAGACAAUAAUGGACAAAUUUGCUGCUGUUGGAAUCCUACAGGGAUACUUGGAUUUCGUGAAUAGAAGUCACACUUCAGAAUCGACCAAGUAGGAUUUUCUUAAGAGUAGCACUGAUUCUUUCGGUGGGAACGCAUCAUCACGCAUCUUUUGCAGUAGGCCUUCUGCAACUUGGUCAAGUGUAUGUAGCGUAGUACUGAAGAACGGGGCUAUCAUGUUAUUACAGUCUGAAUGCUGAGUUUAUGAGAAAUAUCUAGUGCUUCCAAUUUGCCGGUGGA